AUGGCCACCAACGGCGCAUCAGUCAACUUCGUCCCAGAGCAGCUAUUCCACACCAUCCUCACAGUAAUCGACUACUCCCACGACCCAUCCGGCGCCAAUCGCACCGCCUUCGUCCUCAAAACGCACGGCACCCUAGAAGCCGCAAAGAAAUACGCCACUCACUCCCUCGAAUCCCUCAACUUCUCCCCCGAAGACUUCCAACAGUAUCACAUCCGCGGCUCCAGAAGCGCAAAUGAAAGCUGGUCCCACGGCGAUGGCGUCUUGCUCUUUGCCCGCGCCUUUGACGGCCAAGAGUUCCUCGUCGGAAUAGACACCACGCCAAACAAUGAAGCCUUGACUGCGACCCCAGAUGGAGACAUUGUCUUGCCAGAAGGCGCAAAGUUCCUGCACUACGUCCUGCAGAUCUCCGUCGACUACAACGCCGAUCGGUCUGGUAGUCUUCAGGCCACGGAAAUUCUAGGAGUCUAUGUCCAUCGGGCAGAUGCUUGGACGGCCGCGCACAAGUGCCUCGACCCGGUGCAGUAUGCAGAAUAUGAUCGCCGAGGCGACUCGCAGUUUAUCGGAGAAUGGCCUUUUGGCGAAGAUAUCGCGGUUCACGCUGUUUCUGAAACGGGCCAGAAUUAUUUCAUCGCUGUGAAGAAGCCUCCGGAGCAGAAGCAUGAGCUUAAGCAUUAUAAUUUGAAGAAAUAGGUACGAUUUGUCAAACGUAGUCUGUCAAUUGGUGGUAUUGAUGUACAUUCUUGGGAGAUGAAUUUCCGGAAGGCAAUGAUAUGAGAACCGCAAAUUGCAGCUCGUGGAUUAUACUCCAUAACGAUAAAAUAAUACUCAUUUUG